AUGGAAGCCGAAACGCUGCUCAACGAUGCGCUACCGAGCAAGGUGCUCGUGCCAAGUGACGAGCAGUACGGAAUGUCCAACAGCGCCUACUUCACCGUGUUCGAAAGCGACCUAAAACCCGCUUUCAUUGCGCAGCCUACGACUCCUGCAGAAGUCAGUCGCAUCCUUCAGGCACUCAACCCUCUUCUUGAGCAGCAGCUCAUUUCAAUUGCUGUUCGCGGUACUGGGCAUACACCAUUUGCUGGCAGCGCGAACAUCGCGGGUGGCGUGACAGUGGACAUGCGGGGUCUCAAGGGCAUUGCGCUGAGCGAUGACAAGUCGACUGUCGAGAUCGGCGUUGGCGAGAAGUGGGCGUCGAUCUACACCGAGCUCGAAAAGCACGGUUUGACUACGGCAGGCGGGAGAGUUGGGAGAGUUGGUGUGGGCGGACUCGUCCUUGGUGGUAGGGUCGCCUGUCCAUUUCCGCUGAACACUGUUGACAAUCUCGCAGGCGGAUUGUCGUUCUACUCCACUCGCAAGGGAUUCGCGUGUGAUUCUGUGACAGAAUUCGAGGUCGUGCUCGCAUCCGGUGACGUUGUUCGCGCAAACAACGAGGAGAACCAUGACCUUUGGAUUGCGCUUCGUGGCGGCUUGAACAACUUUGGGAUCGUCACUUCCGUGAAGAUGCGCACCUUUGAAGCGAGCAAGUUGUGGGGUGGCGUCGCUUACUACAUGCCCGACACGUUCAGCCAGCUCGCAGAAGCGACCGUCAACUUCGUCAACAACGAGAGCGACGAGGAUACACAUAUCAUGUCGAGCGCCGGCUACGGCUACGGACACCGAGUCGUCACUUGCUGCCUGUAUCACACCAAGGGCAUGGAAAAUCCUCCAUCGCUGCAGCCGUUUACAUCACUAUCUGGGCGCAUCGAACAGCACGGUACCUUAAGGACUGGUACACAUAUGCAGUUUUGCGACGAGCUCUCCAAGUUUACGCAAGACGGCGUGCGGUCAUUCUACGCCACAAUAACCGUAAAGCCAGAUGUGUCUCUUAUGAAAGGCAUCCACGACAAGUGGGUAGAAGUACUAGAGGCGUUGAAAGGCGCAGAUGGCUUCAUCUUCUCUCUCGGCUUCUUCCCAAUGACCAAAGCCAUGUUUGUCAACUCACGCGAUGCGGGAGGAAAUGCAAAAGGAAUUGAUCCUGAGGACGGGCCUUUGCUUAUCAUGAUGCUGAAUCCAACAUGGAAUUCGUUCGCAGAUGAUGAACGCAUUCACGAUGGUGUCGAAAGGUUGUUGGCGAUGAGCAGGUUGAUGGCUGACGAGAAGGGUCUUCUCCAUCGCUACGUCUUCACAAAUUACGCGUACUACAAGGAAAAUGUGUUCAAGGGAUAUGGAGAGAAGAGUUUGGCUGCGCUUCGGGAGACCAGUCGGAAGUUUGACCCCAAAGGCAUUUUCCAAACUGCAGUUCCUGGUGGCUUCAAGCUGGCUAGUGGGUCACAUUAG